CAUUUUUGACAUUUGAAUUCUUUUACAUAAUAUGUUCGCUCGACAUAAACAAUAACAAAAGUUUCCUCUCUAAAUUAUCCGAAAUGUCUCACCUUUUCCUCCGCGUAAAUCCAAUUUUAUCUGUGAAACGUCAUGUAAAGUCAGUGAUUAUUUCAGCAAAAUUUUCUACAGAAGUUGUACGGAAACAACAACCACAAACUCCUGCCAAUGUGUACGAGCAACGUAUCAAGGACGAUAACCUUAAACCUGACCCACAUCAGGAAGCUGUCAUCAAUGCCCUUCAAUUGCUUUACGAACAAGUAAACAAUUAUAAGCCAGUAUCUGCGGCCAAAUCAUCGUCCUCGUUUUUCAAAUGGUUCCAAAAAGAUGACGACACCAGAAGUCCUAUUCUAGCACCGAAGGGACUCUAUAUUCACGGCAGUGUUGGAGGUGGAAAGACGACUUUGAUGGAUUUAUUUUACGAUUGUUGUGAUACGAUAGACAAACGGAAACGAGUCCAUUUCAAUUCAUUCAUGACGAAGGUCCAUGCUAAAAUUCAUGAUGUAAAGCAAGAAGAAGCUCGUCAAAGUGACUUCAGCAGCAGAAAGCAAAAACCUUUCGAUCCAACCAAACCAGUGGCUGACGAUAUUGCCAACAACACCUGGCUUAUCUGUUUUGAUGAAUUUCAGGUCACUGAUAUCGCUGACGCAAUGAUCCUAAAACGCUUAUUCACUCAUUUGUUCAAUCAAGGCAUUGUUAUGGUAGCAACUAGCAAUCGUGCACCCGAUGAUCUGUACAAAAAUGGGUUGCAACGAUCGAAUUUUCUUCCGUUCAUCGAUAUACUUAAAUCGCGUUGUGAAGUGAUAUCGCUGGAUAGUGGUGUCGACUACCGACGGAUGGCUGCCAAAGGAGAUGGAAAUAACUACUAUGUCAUAUCCGAUGGCGAUUCCGAAGCUCAAAUGAUUCGAGCCUUUAAGAUUUUAUGUUCGCAAGAAACAGACACUGUGAGACCUAGAAUCAUAACACAUUUAGGCCGAAAUUUAACAUUCGAAAAGACUUGUGGACAGGUCUUGUUCAGUACAUUUGACGAACUUUGCAAUCGACCUCUCGCUGGUAGUGACUACCUUCAAAUUGCUCAGUAUUUCCAUACAGUCUUAAUAUCAGGGAUUCCACAACUAAACUUAAAAACGAAAUCACAAGCUAGACGAUUUAUUACAUUGAUUGAUACGCUCUACGACAACCGAGUGAGGGUUGUCAUAUCGGCUGAAGUGCCUCUGGAUCAGUUAUUUUGCAACAAAAGGGAAAAUAAAGAAUUAACCGAUGACGACAGGAAGCUAAUGGAUGAUUUGAAUAUAACACCGGAAAAUGCAACAUCCAAUGUUUUCACCGGAGAGGAGGAAGCUUUUGCCUUCGAUCGUACUGUUUCACGUUUAGCCGAAAUGCAGGGUAAAGAUUAUUGGAGCUUGUGGAUGAACCGACGAUAAAUUCCAUAUCGGUCUUGUGUACUUAACUUAUGCGUUAAAUAAACAGUUUUCGUAGUAAAUACUGUAUAGAUAGAUGAACAUUUUCUUUUUAAUUGAUAUGUUGAAAUACCGACCACGUAGCGGUUUUAUGUUUAAAUAUUUAAAUUGUUCGCACGGCGCCCGUUCACAAUGAAAUUGAUUUUGAGUCAUUACGAUAAGCCUUAGUUAAGGUAUUACUUACAUUAUAUCGUCCACAAAUGUAAUUUAUUUUUCGAUUCGUCUUGUUAACUUAAUUUUAUGCUUUACAGAAAUACCUUAGCCAAUUGUAAUGGAUGUACAGAAUAAAUUAUUCAGAUUGCA